AGAACUGAAUAAUCAGGAGAGUGCGACACACAUAACGGUGCCUAUAUAAAUAGAACACACCACUCUCCUUCAGUCGCUAUUUACAGUUAGGCACUGUGCGAGGUUCCAACUAAUUAAAUACUUCAAUUACUGCGAUUUCUACUUGACCCGAACAAACAAAGGAGGCAAAUAUGCUUUUCAUUGGGGGCGUUUUGAGGCCCUUGGGAGUGGGUCUUCUGCUCCUAGGACUGCUUGCGCCCAUUUCUGGAAUGGGAUUUCGACGCGGAAGGCUGACCAAGGGAUUCCUCGGGGAGCCCAGCAAGAUCCCAACCCUGCAAAGGAACCUGCACUCGGAGGAUUUGUGGUUCGAGCAGCGAUUGGAUCACUUCAAGUCGAGCGAUAAGCGCACCUGGCAGCAGCGAUACUUUGUGAAUGCCGACUUCUAUCGGAAUGACAGCUCCGCACCCGUAUUCCUGAUGAUCGGCGGCGAGGGCGAGGCGUCGGCCAAGUGGAUGCGCGAAGGCGCCUGGGUGCACUAUGCCGAGCACUUUGGAGCGCUGUGUCUGCAGCUGGAGCACCGUUUCUAUGGCAAGAGCCAUCCCACAGCUGAUCUGUCCACCGAAAAUCUGCACUAUCUCAGCUCGGAGCAGGCUCUAGAGGAUUUGGCCAGCUUUGUGACCGCCAUGAAGGUUAAGUUCAAUCUGGGCGAUGGCCAGAAAUGGAUCGCUUUUGGUGGCUCCUAUCCGGGAUCGCUGGCUGCCUGGGCACGCGAAAAAUAUCCCCAGCUCAUCUACGGUUCAAUCAGCUCCAGUGGUCCUCUGCUGGCUGAGGUUGACUUCAAGGAGUAUUUCGAGGUGGUCAAAGCCUCUCUAGCUUCCUACAAGCCCGAAUGCUUGGAUGCCGUGACCCGCAGCUUUGCGCAAGUGGAGAUUCUACUCAAGCACAUGAUUGGCCAACGCAGCCUGGACGAGAAGUUCAAAACCUGCACUCCCAUUAAGGACUCCAUUGAAAAUGACCUGGACAUGGCCAACUUCUUUGAGAAUCUGGCCGGCAACUUUGCUGGAGUGGUGCAAUACAACAAGGACAACAGUCCUCAUGCCAAAAUCACCAUUGACGAUAUCUGCGAUGUCAUGCUCAACACCACGGCGGGUCCACCUGUAACCCGUUUGGGCCUCGUCAACGACAUGCUAUUGAAGGAAUCGAACACCACCUGUCUGGACUACAAGUACGACAAGAUGGUGGCGGACAUGAAGAACGUUUCCUGGGACUCGGAGACGGCCAAGGGAAUGCGCCAGUGGACAUAUCAGACCUGCCACGAAUUCGGCUUCUAUCAGACCUCGGAUAAGCCGGCUGACACAUUUGGUGAUCGCUUCGGGGUCGACUUCUUCAUACGCCAGUGCAUGGAUGUGUUCUCCAAGAAUAUGAACGCCAAGUUCCUAAAGCUGGUGGUGUCCGCCACCAAUGAUAACUAUGGCGCCCUUAAGCCAAGGACCACAAAUGUGCUGUACGUGCACGGUUCCAUCGAUCCCUGGCAUGCUUUGGGCUUGGUCAAGUCCACUAGCCCAGCACUUCCUACCAUAUACAUAGAAGGAACUGCUCACUGCGCCAAUAUGUAUGAGCCGGUGAAAACCGAUCCGCCCCAACUGGUGGCCGCUCGCAACAAGAUACUCAAAUUCUUGGCCAAGCUACUGGAUGGCUACACCUCGGCUUUAAUCUGAUGGAAAAGUGGCCAAGUCAAGUGUAAUUUUGGACUCGUCAUCGAGUUGUUUAAUUUUUUUGCUUUCGCAUGAGUUGUAUAAUAUAUAUUUUUCGGCUCCGCUGGGAGUUAAUCCUU